UGCCCUGUUUCUGUAGUGUACGUGUCGAGUUGUGAAUGAAACACUCGAUUAAAACGCUGUGAUGGCUCAAAGAAAUGAAUUUAUAGACAAGGCGGAGGAUUUUGCUGAUCAGGUCCUCCGUCAUGGCAAACACAUCUUGCCGCAUGUGGCUCGCCUCUGCCUCAUCGGCACAUUCUUAGAAGAUGGUAUUCGCAUGUGGGUCCAGUGGGACGAUCAGCGGAACUAUAUAAAUGAUCAGUGGAGCUGUGGCAGCAUUAUUGCGACAAUGUUCGUCAUCAUCAAUUUACUUGGACAGCUUUCUGGUUGUAUAAUGGUUCUCAGUAGGCAGCAGGUUCCCAUUGCCUGCGGUAUAUUAUUUGGAAUUAUUGGACUACAGACGGUUGCCUACAGUAUCCUCUGGGAUAUACAUUUUUUAAUGAGAAAUCUAGCUCUGGCUGGUGGGGUCAUCCUUCUAUUGGCUGAGAGUAAAGCGGAGGGUAAGAGUCUGUUUGCUGGAUUACCCUCUCUCGGAGAAAACACAUCCAAGACGUACAUGCAGCUCAGCGGUCGUAUCCUCCUAGUCCUCAUGUUCCUCACAAUCUUACGUUUGGAAUUAGCAGUGUUUCAGAUCAUACAAAAUCUCAUCGGAUUGGUCCUGAUCGGGUUCAUUGGAGUCGGCUACAAGACAAAAUUAGCGGCAUUAGUUCUUGUUUGCUGGCUCACUGUGCUGAAUUUCUAUUUUAACGCUUGGUGGAAUGUGCCAUCCUAUCGGCCAAUGCGCGACUUCCUCAAGUACGAUUUCUUCCAGACAUUUUCGGUUAUCGGUGGUUUAUUGUUAGUUGUUGCUUUAGGUCCAGGUGGCGUCAGCAUGGAUGAUUAUAAGAAGAAAUGGUAAAAUAAGCUUAUUGUUAGGAUAUUUUUCUGAAAUAUUGACCGUAUGUGAGAGUUGUUCUGUUAGUAGCCUGUGGAUUUGAAGUCACCCAUGGGAGCAUGUCAAAAUUAUAUUGAAGCCAAAAAAACAAAAGCUGUUCGUCCCCCUCCCCCUCCAGAGAAACAGUGUUAGUUAUUUGGCUUCAGUAUAAUUUUGGCCCGCUCCCUCAUGCAGAGUAUGCCCUCUGGAGUUAGUCAGAAUAGACUCUGAAGCGCCCAUUACAAGCUCUGAGAACGACUCGCAUGUAUUUUUCCAAUCAGUCUGUAAAAAAAUUGCCAAACUCAGUUGUAUAAAAGUGUAAAAAUACUGUAUUUGUACUGCGUGUAGCUUAGGUGGUUUUCAUCAUUCUUUAUAGUCGUACUUGUGUGUACAUUAGACUGAGUGGGUGAUGUGAUCCCUUACGAAGGAUGCCUCUGUUAUGUCCGUCUAUAUUUUCUGAGAGAGUAGAACAUUCAUAUCGCAAUUUGACCCUUGAGAGUGAAUUUUGGAAUCUAAGCACAUGUUGUGUGUCGACGAUAGUAAGCUGGUUGAAGGGCGCCUGUACAAACUGCCUAUAUUAUGUGUGUUGACCUAUUCAGCAAGUUGCUCUUCCUUUUGCUGACUGAGUUACUCUGAUUUUGUUGGUUGCUUGUGGGCUGGGUGAAGGUGUACAUGUGCCCAUAGUGUGCCCUGUCCUCAGCUGAGCAUCCUUUCCUUUUAUUGUUUGGUAUUAGAAAACCUGUUGUUUUGUUCCAAAUCGUUUGAAGAACUCUCAUUUCAGUUCAGUAACCCAUGUGCUUCCAGUGCAUUGAGUGAUCCUUGCUGUAAAGUUGGCUAUGAAUGUUGCAGUAUAUUGUCAUUUUUUGUAAAGAUGAACAGCUAAGCUUUUUCUGUUUGCCACAUCUCUCUUAAUCUUUAUCUUAUUUUGCAUGUAAUUUGUAACAUCAAUAGAACUUGAUGUCAUUUCCUCUUGCAUAUCAUUUACAGUGUAUUUUUGUACCCCAGGCUAGUCAGUGACAGUACGUUGUGCUGAUAUGUGCAGAAUUUUGGUUUCUGAUCUGUUCUGAGUUAUGUUGUGAGGAAAAAUCAAGAAAACUUGUCCUGAUGCUGUUACUGUGUAGAAUCCAAUUCCCAGGCAUUACAUUAAUUUUGACUCUAUUAGGCUUACAUUACCGGGUACCCAUAUUCAACCAGUUUUCUUGACUUUUGCUUUGUUAUUCAUGAUUGCACACAUAAAUCACCAAUUUGUACACACUCUGUUUUGCUUGCAAUCCCAUCUUUUAAAAAACUAGACAGAACGGAAGACAAAACAAUACUUCUUUCAGUUUGUUGUAAAAUGUUAGUUGUCUAAAACCUCUCAGAAUAUCUUGUAUACAUGUACCUGUCUAGAUAUAAAGACAUUUGAAACUGCCAAAUUUUUAUUGAAGGUUCUUUGCAAAAAUUUUCGGAUCACAGUUCAUUUGUUUAGGUAUUAUUAAAGAUAUUAUUUAAUAGUAGUCAGACAGUAACCUCUUUUGGUGUAGAAGGCAGGGUGCAACACCCUGCUUUUAAUGUAAAUGCAUUGGGCUCUGAUGAAAAAAGCAACACAGCAGGAGAAAAUUGAGAAAAACCAGGCUGCAACCUGCUGAGAUUCUUUAGCUGAAAGGUAUCUGUUGGCCUUGUGUGGGGCAUGGCUCUAUUUUAACUAAGGCCACUACCCGCACUGCCAUGCCCUCCGAAAUGGCCUUCGUGUCCUCUCAAAUUUUGUUCCACAUUUUCCGGUACCCAAGGCCAAAACGGUUCUAAAGUGGCUGCCCUGAUUAUUUUCUGAUCUGGAAAUGGGCCGUCAGGGAGGAAGUGGUCAGAUUCUGAUGCCAGCUGUUGUUCAGUCAAUGGAAUUGAGAAUGAUGUCGAUGUGCUCACUAGACUUGAAUAAGAUUGGGUAAGAUCUUUGUACUAUAGGCUGGCUCUGUCUGACAAUAUCAAUUGAUGUUAUGUACACAUAUGUUCAUUAUGAAACUCUCCGUAACGUAGUUACAGUUAUGAAUAUGGUGCUGUUAAGUUCCUGAACACAUUGUUGAUCUUUCCAAGUUGUUCCGUUGACUGGGCAAUCAGUUGGAUUAUUUUAUGAUAAAAAAAGUGAUGUAGUUUGUGUUUACAUUGAACUAUGAUUCUCCGGAUUAUUGGAGAAUUCAUUAUAUAAUUAUUAAAAAUCAACAUGUAAAUCAUCAAAUUA